CACUGCUCCCUCUCCUUACCGCUUCUGUUUUCAGCUUUUUUUUUUUUUCACUUUUCUGCCCUCGUGAUUCCUUCUCUCUCUCUCUCUCUCUCUCUCUACAAAGCUUCUCCCUCCUCCCCUCUUCACUCCCUCCCAAAAAACAGCACGCGCACACUCUCUGUCUUCUCUCUUUCAUGGCCGCUCGCCGGAGAAAGACUUUGUACGACUUCCCGCGCCUGGAAAACAGCCGUCGCAAACCCCCAUUUCAUCACAGAAAUUAAAUAGCCCGGGGAAAGACUGUUUUUUAUUUUUUAUUUUUUAUUUCUGGGUUCUCUCGAUCUGUUUUGGGAUUUUUUUUUAUUGCCGUUAAUGGCGGAUUUUUCUACGUCCGGGUUCGUUUGUGUGGUCUUCGUUUCGAUUCUUCUGCUGGGUGGGCGGCUCAAUUCGGAGCCGACGCAAGACAGGCAAGCUCUCCUUGCUUUCCUCUCUCGAACCCCACACGAGAACCGCCUCCAGUGGAACUCCACCGACUCUGCCUGCAACUGGGUCGGCGUCCUGUGCGACGACAACCGGUCCUUCGUCUACUCUCUCCGCCUUCCAGGCGUCGGCCUCGUCGGUCCGAUUCCGGCCAACACCAUCGGCCGUCUGAGUCAGCUCCGCAUCCUCAGUCUCCGCUCUAACCGUCUCUCUGGCCAGAUCCCCUCCGAUUUGGUUAACCUCACGUUUCUACGCAGCCUCUACCUUCAGGACAACCGCUUAACCGGUGAAUUCCCCUUGAGUUUGACUCGGUUGACUCGCCUGACCCGGCUCGACAUCUCCUCUAACAAUUUCAGCGGCGAUGUACCAUUCGCCGUCAACAAUCUGACACACUUGACGGGGCUCUUUCUGGAGAACAAUGCCUUCUCCGGUAAUCUACCCAGCAUCAACCCCGCCGGGCUAGUAGACUUUAAUGUGUCGAACAACAAGCUCAACGGUUCAAUCCCUAAAACACUCGCGAACUUCCCUGCGGCCUCAUUCGUUGGCAACCCAGAUCUCUGCGGAAAACCCUUAAAAGCCUGCAGCCCAUUCUUCCCCUCACCGGCGGCGCCUCCGUCCUCAAAUGCUCCGGGACAACCACCUCGAGAAAAGUCUAAAAAGCUAUCGAAAGCCGCGAUAAUCGCAAUAUCGGUGGGGUCAGCUCUGAUUCUGCUCCUCUUACUUCUACUGCUGCUUCUCUGUCUCAGGCGGCGGUACCUGCGGCGGCCGGCGAAACCGCCAAAGCAGGGGGCUACUCGGUCGGUGGUUGGGGAAGCGGGGACGUCGUCGUCGAAGGACGACAUAACCGGGGGUUCGGCGGAGGGGGAGAGGAACAAGCUGGUGUUCUUCGACGGCGGGUUAUACAGCUUCGAUUUGGAGGAUCUGCUGAGGGCGUCGGCGGAGGUGUUGGGGAAGGGGAGCGUGGGGACGUCGUACAAGGCGGUGCUGGAGGAGGGAACCACCGUGGUAGUGAAGAGGCUGAAGGACGUGACGGUGUCGAAGAGGGAGUUCGAUAUGCAAAUGGAGGUUUUAGGGAAGAUCAAACACGACAAUGUGGUGCCCUUGAGAGCUUUCUACUACUCCAAGGAUGAGAAAUUGCUUGUUUAUGAUUAUUUGGCCGCCGGCAGCUUAUCUGCUCUUCUUCACGGCAGCAGAGGCUCAGGCCGUACGCCGCUUGACUGGGACAACCGGAUGAGAAUUGCUCUGGGGGCCGCAAGGGGCCUCGCCCACCUACACGUCUCGGGAAAGGUGGUUCACGGCAACAUCAAGUCCUCCAACGUCCUUCUUCGGCCGGACCAAGAGGCCGGCGUCGCCGACUUCGGUCUCAACCCGCUCUUCGGCAACUCGACGCCGCCCAACCGCGUCGCAGGCUACCGGGCGCCGGAGGUGGUGGAAACGCGCCGCGUGACUUUCAAGUCGGACGUCUACAGCUUCGGCGUCCUGCUGCUGGAGCUGCUCACGGGGAAAGCGCCGAACCAGGCGUCGCUGGGGGAGGAAGGCAUCGACCUGCCGCGGUGGGUGCAGUCGGUGGUGAGGGAGGAGUGGACGGCGGAGGUGUUCGACGUGGAGCUGAUGCGGUACCACAACAUCGAGGAGGAGAUGGUGCAGUUGUUGCAGAUCGCGAUGGCGUGCGUGUCGACGGUGCCGGAUCAGAGGCCGGCUAUGCCGGAGGUAGUGCGGAUGAUCGAGGACAUGAAUCGGAGCGAGACCGACGACGGGUUGAGGCAGUCGUCUGAUGAUCCUUCCAAGGGAUCGGAGGGUCAGACGCCGCCCACGGAGUCGCGGACCCCACCCGCGGCGAUCACACCUUAGGCGUACAGUCUUCGAAUUUUCUGAAAAAAGAAGGCCAAGCAAAAAGAAAAAAACCGAAAAAGAAAGAAAAAGUGGGAAGUGCCAUUGCUAAGAUGCGCCGCGUGCGUAAGUAAUGGAGUAAAAAGUGCGCAGCUGGUUGGUGGGAGGUUAGAAUGGCGCAAAAAAUAGUCCUUCUUUAAUUUUUUUUUUUUUUUUGAAAAUUUGAUUUUGUUUGGGGCAAUUAUGCAAUUAUUUUUAUAGGGGCUUAUUUGAA